ACGUAUAAACUUGUUGGAAAUAUCACACGGUAAUGUGUUAUUGUGUAUAACGCUCUUUAUGAGUCACAAUGCUAUUUAUCCAACAUAUAAUUUGUAUUUGCGUGUUAUUUAUCCAUUGUGGGCAAUGUUUAUUUGUCAAUGAUUUAAAAUUGGAAUUAGUUCAAGUUUUAUUUAGACAUGGACAACGGACUGCUCAGAAAAAUGAAGUAGAUUUAUUAAUUAACGCAAAACGAUCAUUGUAUGAGUUUUGGGGAUAUGGACAGUUAACAAAUGUUGGGAAACAGCAAGCAUAUAGGCUUGGUGAUAUGUUGAGACAUAAGUAUUCGGAUUUUCUAGGUGACGCAUAUAAGCCUGAAGAUGUUUAUGCUUGUAGCUCAGAAAUUGAUCGAACGAAAGUAUCGUUGCAACUCGUGCUUGCAGCACUUUUCCCACCUAUGGGAAAGCACGUGUGGAAUAAAAAUUUAAAAUGGAUGCCAAUUCCUAUUCAUUUUGUUCCUAUCGAACUUGAUAUAUUGUUCAAUUCGCUAGAAUGCUCCAAAUUUCAAGAACUUCGUAAAAAUCUCAUGAAUAGAGCAGAAAUAAAAAAUUUAAUAGCGAAAUAUAAGGAUAUUAUCGACUUAUUAAAUGAAAAAAAUUCGAAUGUUAAUUUUGAUAUGGAAAUGAUUUUUUAUAUAAAUAAUUUAUUAAAUAUACAGAGAACUUUAAAUAUCUCACAACCAGAAUGGUACACCCCUGUGAUUGCUAGAAAACUUAAUGAUGCUGCAAAGCUCUAUUUAGAAAUAAAUUGUUACACUCCAAAUAUGAUUAGAAUGAACAAUGGCUUGACACGACGAAUUCUCGAAAACAUGGAUCUCAAUGGGACAAUAUCCAAUUCUUAUAAGAUUCAUCUUUUCAGCGGUCAUGAAUUCAACAUAUAUGCAUUCGCUAAAGGACAUAGUAUUACUUUAGAAGAAAUACCUGGUUAUAGCUCGUCUUUCAUUGUGGAGAAAUAUCGAAAUAAUCAUGAUAAGGUUUUUGUAAAGAUAUACAUGUGGACAGGUCAGACAGAAGAGUUAAAAUUAAUAAAAUUAAAAAAAUGUAAAGAAUAUUGUCCCAUUGAUAAUUAUCAGAUACUUGUAAAUGAUUUUUUACCAUCAAAUGACGAAAUGCAUUGCAUGUAUAAAAAUUUAUCGAUAACGAACUUGCAGAGGUUUUUAUGA